AUGGCUCUUCGUUUAUCACUAUCCCGGCCUGUGCCUCUAAUCGCAACUAUUACAGCCAGCGCAAUUGGAGUAGGCGUCCUUUCAAGAAUGAUGUUCAGCACAGCAGUCGCAGAGUCGAAUUCUCCCCAAAAGAUUUUCGGUGGCGGAUUUGCUUCGGUCAAGUUGCCGCUGCAUAGUUCUGAGUAUGAGUCUCAUGACACAAAACGAUUGCGGUUCAAGCUACCACAAGAAACUGCCAUCACUGGACUUCCACUAGCGUCGGCUUUGUUGACGCUCACUUGGCCCAAGGGGUCGUAUUUACCCACACCUCGACCUUAUAGUCCCAUCUCACCAUCAGAUGAACCAGGAUAUAUGGAUCUUCUCGUCAAGAAAUACCCCAACGGCAAAGGCAGCAACUAUCUCCACUCCCUCCAACCAGGUGAUACCCUCUCCUUCACAUCCCUCCCAUCAAAACCAGCAUGGAAGACCAACAACGUUCCUCACAUAACCCUCAUAGCAGGUGGAUGCGGUAUCACACCUCUUUUUCAACUCGCCCAGGGCAUUCUUCGCGACCCCGAGGAAAAGACACGUAUGACGCUCAUCUUUGGGGCAAAGUCAGAUGAGGAUGUUCUACUCAAGAAAGAACUUGAUGGAUUUGCAAAAGAGUUUCCUGAGAGGUUUGAAGUCAAGUAUACUGUCAGUAAUCCUGCACAGGGGUCGGAGUUGAGGAAGGGGAGGGUUGAUAAGACGUUGUUGGAGGAGGUGCUGGUGUCAAAGGUCGGGAGGGAUACAAAGGUUUUUGUGUGUGGACCUAAGGAGAUGGAGGAUGUGCUUGUUGGAGGAAGGGGGAAGGGAGUUUUGGGAGAGAUUGGAUUUGAGAAGAGUCAGAUUCACAAGUUUUAA